AUGGGCGGUGCGGCGGAAACAAAUGGUCGUGUCGAUCCCGGCGUGUCCAUUCACUUUGGGCCCGUGCAGAAUGAUGAUGAUGUUGAGAUGCGGGAUGCAGAACCUCUUGUUAAGCGAAAGUCGCGGGCGAGUGUUGGCGGAAAGAAAUCAUAUGUGGAACAAGAAAGCAGCGAGGAGGAUCAGCCCUUGAGCAAGCGCCGUCGCACCUCCAUAAAACACGAAGAUCCCGAAACGGACGAUGACGUGCCUCUGGCACUCAAUGGAAGAAAACUACCCAAGGCGUCGGAGACUGCCAUCGGUGAAGAGUCCGACUCCGAUGUCCCCAUUGAAAGAAAAAUUGCUUCAGUAAAGAAACGGAUCCAGCAGAAAGACGAAAAGGCUUCCCAAAACAAUCGCAAACCGGAUACCUCAAAGGCCACCAAAGCAGCGGCUGCCCCCAAGAAGCAAGCCAAUGGCAUUAAGCGGGAGCCUGUUAGUCAGGAAAAGAAAGCCCCCGCGAACAAGGCAGCAAAGCCGAUCAAAACUGAGCCCAAAUCUGCCCAGUCCACUCCGGUCAAGAAAGGCACUGGGAAAGCCACCCCAGUGAAGAAGGAAGAAAGCGAAGAAGCAGAGGAAGCGGAGGACGAAUACAGAUGGUGGGAAGAUCCAACCAAGGGUGAUGGGACGAUCAAGUGGACCACCCUAGAACACAACGGCGUGGUUUUCCCUCCUCCCUAUGAGCCUCUUCCCAAAGAUGUCAAAAUGAAAUACGACGGGAUUCCGGUCACUCUUCAUCCUGACGCAGAAGAGGUGGCUGGCUUUUUUGGAAGCAUGCUCAAUUCGACUCACAAUGUUGAAAAUCCCACGUUUCAAAAGAACUUUUUCACAGACUUCAGGGAUAUUCUCCAGAAAACCGGUGGUGCCAAGGACCCCAAGGGCAAUAAGACGGACAUCAAGGAAUUCUCAAAAUGUGAUUUCCAGCCAAUCUUUGCUUACUAUGAUACAAAACGCGCAGAAAAGAAGGCCUUGCCCCCAGCUGAGAAGAAAAGGUUGAAGGCCGAGAAAGAUGCUGAAGAGGCGCCCUAUAUGUACUGCAUGUGGGAUGGUCGCAAGCAGAAAGUCGGCAACUUCCGCGUUGAGCCGCCCUCCCUUUUCCGUGGUCGUGGUGAACACCCUAAGACAGGCCGCGUUAAGACUAGGGUUCAACCAGAGCAGAUCACUAUCAACAUUGGGAAGGGUGCCCGUGUCCCUCCACCACCUGAGGGCCAUAAAUGGAAAGAAAUCAAGAAUGAUCAAGAAGGCACAUGGCUCGCUAUGUGGCAAGAGAACAUCAAUGGAAAUUACAAAUAUGUAAUGCUUGCAGCAAACUCAGACGUCAAAGGCCAGAGUGAUUUCAAGAAAUUUGAAAAGGCCCGCGAGUUGAAGCAUCACAUCGACCGCAUCCGAAAAGAUUACAGGAAAAAUCUCAAGCACGAAUUGAUGGUAGAGCGACAGAAGGCAACAGCAGUCUACCUCAUUGAUCAAUUUGCACUUCGUGCUGGUAAUGAAAAGGGUGAGGAUGAGGCUGAAACUGACAGCAUCCGAUUCUAUGAUGAGGUCGAGGUUGAUGCACAAGUCUUCAAAAAUUUGAAAAUCUUCAAAAAGGCUCCCAAGAAGGAAGGUGAUGAGAUUUUUGAUCGAUUGACGACUUCCGCCCUCAACAAGCACCUUUCAGGGUAUAUGCAAGGCCUGACUGCGAAAGUGUUCCGUACCUAUAACGCCUCUCAUACGAUGUCUACUUUACUUAAGGAUAUGAAGGCAACUGGUACCAAUACCGAGAAGGUUAAGGCAUACAAUGAUGCCAAUCGAAGAGUAGCCAUCCUUUGCAACCACAAGCGGACUGUCGCUGCAUCGCAUGCUGGACAGAUGGAGAAGAUGAGCGAGAGGAUCAAGGGUCUUCGUUAUCAAAAAUGGCGCCUUAAGCAGCAGAUACUUGACUUGGAGCCCAAUCUCAAGAAGAAGAAAGGCGCCAAAUACUUCGAACUGGAUGAGGACAUUGACCAGGAAUGGAUCAAAGAACACCAAGCUUUUCUGGUCGAAGAACAGCGGCAGAAAAUUACCAAAAAGUUUGAGAAAGAUAACGAGAAACUCCUUGCAGAAGGAGAGAAAGAAAUGAAGGCCAGCGAACUUGAGAGUCGCCUAGAGGUAGUCAAAGAGAUGGAAAAGAAGUAUAAAAAAGAGAACAAAACAGGCAAAGUAGAGGCUGAGGGCAAGAGCCCCAGUGUUGACAAGCUCGAGAACGCCAUCGGAAAACUGGACCAGCGCAUUGAAAACAUGGAGCUCCAAGCCCAGGACAAAGAAGAUAAUAAGGAAGUCGCUCUUGGAACAUCCAAAAUCAAUUACAUUGAUCCCCGUCUCACGGUCGUGUUCAGCAAGAAGUUCAGCGUUCCCAUGGAGAAGUUUUUCUCGAAGUCCCUGCGCGAGAAGUUCGAAUGGGCUAUCAAGUCCGUUGACGAGGACUGGGAAUUUUAG